CCUUCUAACGGACGCACCGUGUUAAACCGUCAACAUCCACAGCUCCGGUUUGUGUAUUGAAAACGUAUAGUACAGUAAACACGCGCUUCGAGACAUUUAAUAUACUUAUCUGAAAAUCAUUCAGACCGAACAUCAACACAAGAAAACACAUUUUGUACCAAAGUUUCGUUCGAUAGCUGUUCGUGCCUUCAAAAAAUCAUCGAUAGAUAGCUUCUUUCUACGAUUCUAGAGUAUAUUCUAUCAGGUCAACGUUUUUUUUCAGCAUUGAGGGUAAAGUGUGAGAGAGAUGUCAGAUCAUCUGAGUUCAUGUACCGACCGUCUCGUUACAUCUGAUCACCUUAAUUCAGAGGGAGGAUCCAAUGAAUCUUCUGGAGAAUGUUCCAGAGCUCAAGCCACUACUAAACCUAUAGAUGAUAAGGAAGGAAGCGAGCAAGAACACGUCAUUGAUGAAGAGGAGCCGCUUAUUCAAUCAGUUGAGUGCCGUAUUUGCCAAGAGGAGGAUUCUGUUAAGAACCUCGAGUCUCCAUGUUCUUGUAGCGGCAGCUUGAAGUAUGCUCACAGGAAGUGUGUUCAGCGUUGGUGUAAUGAGAAAGGCGACACCAUCUGUGAGAUAUGCCACAAGUCUUAUCAACCUGGCUACACAGCUCCACCACCUGAUGAUACCAUUAUCGAUAUGGGUGAAGAUUGGGCUAAUGGUGUUCCCUUAGACUUGAACGAUCCGCGCAUUUUAGCAAUGGCGGCUGCAGAACGUCACUUCUUUGAUGCGGACUAUGACGAGUAUGCUGAUUCUAACUCUAGUGGAACUGCGUUUCUUCGCUCUGCUGCACUUAUCUUAAUGGCACUUUUGUUGUUAAGACACGCUAUGAACCUUUCAAACAACAACUCAGACGACGAAGAAGAUGAUCCAUCAGCUUUCUUCUUUCUUUUCAUGCUACGUGCUGCUGGUUUUCUCCUCCCGUGUUACAUCAUGGCUUGGGCCAUCAGUAUAUUACAACGCCGUAGACAAAGACAGGAAGCAGCGGCUCUGGCCGCUGCAGAAGUUGCGUUUAUGUUACACAGCGGUGGAGGACAACGCAGAGGAGGAUUGCACUAUGCUGUAGCACCUGAGCUGGUACCGAGUCCACAAGGGCAACAACACCAACCUGAAGCUGCACCGCAAUGAUUAUAUAUAGUCUUGAUCACUAGUGAGGAAAGUAAAAACAUCAUCCAGGGAUUUGGUUUCUCUGUCUGUAGUAGCUGUUUGUUGUUUAUUCGGUUCUUGGAACAGAGCAAAACAAGAAACUGAGAUUAAAACAAAAACAAAACACGGGAAGUUUCUGUGUCUAUGUUCUUACAGACGAGAAAGUAAAGAUUGUUCACCAAUAAAUUUAUGUAUAUGGUUUUAAUUUC